AUGCAGCUGGUGUUCUGCAGACUCCGGACUCACCAGUGGUGUUUCAUUCUCUUCAAUGUCGUGCUUUUCCACAUUUUGAUCUUUGGAGCUGACCUGGUGGAAGAAUACUUCUUGCAAGCACUGCCCACCUCCUACACCGAUAUGAAAGUUCUGGAGGCCAGGGAGAGAGCACGGAAGUUGGAUAUGACCCCCUUGAAGGCCAACAUCUCCAAGGCUUAUGUUUUCAGCAGCUCAGAGGCCUGUUCCAGGGAAGAGAUCUUUCUGCUUGCCCUCAUCUUCAGCAGACCUGAAAACUCAUCGAGACGUGAUGCCAUUAGAGGCACGUGGGCCAACCUGACGCAUGCCAAGAGUUACAGUACUCUUGCCUUGUUUGUGCUGGGCAAGCCAUCUUCAGAAGCCAUCCAACAGGAGGUCAUAAAAGAGAUGGAGAAGCAUCAAGACCUCAUUCAAGGUGCUUUCCUGGACUCCCCAGAAAACCAAACAAUCAAAACUGUCAUGGCCAUGGAGUGGAUCAUUACAUUCUGCUCCCAGGCCAGGUUCAUUCUCAAAACAGAUGAGGGGAUGUUCAUCAACCUCCCAACUUUGGUCGAGUACUUGCUGAACUUACGGACCCAUCCUGAAGACAUUUACCUUGGGAGGCUGGUUCAUCAAGAAAUGCCCAACAGGGACCCACAAAGUCACAGCUUUGUCUCGCUACAAAAAUACCCAGAAAAAUAUUAUCCAGACUACUGCAGUGCAACAGCAUUCGUCAUCUCGCAGGACGUGGCUCGGAAGAUCUACGUAACAUCCAAAGAAGUCCCUCUUUCUCUGCCUCCUGGCAUCUUUGUGGGAAUCUGCGCGAAGGAGGCUGGGGUGGCACCUAUCCACAGCUCGCGGUUUUCAGGGAAAAAGCACAUCCAAUACAACCGCUGCUGCUACAAAUUCAUUUUCACCUCAUCGGUAGCAAGAGAUGGCCAGCUGUUCCAAGAAUGGGAGGAGAUGAGCAAUGGCCAAGAGUGCACAUUAUUGGGAACUUAUUAUGGGCUGGUAUCCUGCAGAGUCAUGACAUACCUGGACGGAUUUAAACACCUGAGUGUUGAUGCCCUUCAGAAUGAGGCUCUUCAUUUUGCAGAUUAA